AUGUCAUACCGGAAUGUGAUGCAUCAUGCCACUCAUAAAGUAGCUAUGGAAUCAAUACGUUCAGUUGUUGAUUCAAAUCAAGAAGCACCUGCUGCUAAAAUGAUUGGUGAUAGUGAUCGUCAUUUGCCACUUGUUACACUUGGCGACAAUAUCAGAGUUCCAGUGCCAUUAAUGGACAAAUAUUGUACUGAUCCACCAAAUGUUCUAGAUUUGAUUAUCAAAGAAAUCAAUGGAAUGUAUAAAAUUGGUUGUAGAGGUGGAACAAUUAAUCGUUUCUAUGCCCGUAAUCAAUUUGAGAAAUGUGAUUGA